CUGCUCUUGAGAUCACAUAUAGAUAACUGCAGGUUCCUCCAAAUCACUUUCAGUCUACCAGAAGCGUGCAUUUGGUUGAUAUAUCACGACAAAAUAGAGUUUUGCAACUACCUAACCACUAGUCACCAGCAGUUGUUCCAAUUCCCAUCGGUUCGCUUCGAAAGUUCAUUCAUUAGUGGCACCCAUUUGUUGGUUUGUGCAUUUGCGGUGAUCGACAAAUCGCGUGACGGAACAGAUUUGCCGCAAUUGUUACCAUUUUAAAAGCAAUAACGUUGCUCGAUUCAAAACAGAUAAAGCAACUGGUUCCAUCUAAGGGAGAGAAAACGAAAUGAGGCGUCAAUUUGUUUCAGUGUUGCUGGUAUAUCUUUUCGUCACGAUAGCCAGGAGGCAACAACUGACCGAGGCUGCCCGUUCUGUUCCGGCGAAAGGUUCGGCUCGGAUUGUGGGUGGAUCGAAUGCCAGAGCCGGUCAAUUUCCCUGGCAGGUGGCUCUGCUAAGAUCGGGACGAUUCAUCUGCGGCGGAUCACUCAUCAGCAAUCGAUGGGUCCUGUCGGCGGCUCAUUGCGUUCACAACCGGAUUUCUGUCGCUCCGGCAUCGGAAUUCACGGUUCUGGCAGGGACCAUCAACCUGUACGUGGGCGGAACGAGGAGACCGGUGCAGCGGAUCAUAGCACACGAAAACUAUGGCAGCUUUGGGAACGACGUGGCCCUGCUGGAGCUGAGCAGUGCGAUCCUCAACAGCACAAAUGUUCGACCAAUCGCAAUGGCCAGAUCCAUUUCAAAUCUAGCAUCCAGUUUGGUAACCAUCUCCGGAUGGGGACAAACUUCUAACUCCGGAUCGCUGCCGCAAAUUUUGCAGUACAACACGGCUUCGAUUCUUCCGGGGGUUCAGUGUGGCCCGGCUGGGAUCUUGUGUCUUUUUUCACCGGCCAACAAUGGGGCAUGCUUCGGCGAUUCCGGUGGUCCCGCCGUUUACAACAAUCAGAUGGUGGGGGUGGCCAAUUUUAUCACCGGAUACUGCGGCUCCACGUCCCCGGAUGGCUACGCCCUUGUGCCCAGGUAUGUCCGGUGGGUGCAGUCUAAAAUUAAUUGAUGCGCCAUAAACUGCCAUCGGAUUAAAAAUAGUGUUGGAUACGUUUGGAGCAAAACACCCACCCAGAUUGCUGCAAGGGACGAUUUUCCGAGACUCAAAAUAACUAUUUUUAGAGAAUUUUACGUAAAAUUUACUUCCCACUUGAAUUUAAACUUUUUAAGAAAAAAAUAA